GUCGUCUAGCCUUUCCCGGCAUCGUCGAGUCCACACCGGUAACUUGCCCUUUGCUUGUGGAGUACCGGGAUGCACAAAGAGGUUCGCUCGUAAAAAGACCUUGAUCAAGCACAUGAGGCAUCACCCGAUGCGUCACACGAGAUACGAUGCACAUGGCGUCGAUAUCGAGGCUGAACCGGCUGAAGUUAGUCAGGACACACUGUCGAAGUCUCCUGAGAUGAGUCUGUGGUCUGAUUCACAGCCAUCGUCGAUGGAUAUGGCUCAGCAUUUCGUCGACUCACAAAUACACGACACUACCAAUCCCGAGGUGAUCGACUGUGGCAACGAGCCUCAGGCAUACCACGCCACCAGCGUUCAGAGCUAUGUGCCCGAACACAGCCAUUCUGGAAUGCCCAUCAUGAUGACCGAACCGUACAAUCACGACUAUGACUUUGAGGACGAUAUUGACGACUGCCCUCCACUUGACGGCCCCGACUUCGCUCACGGCACUGCCUUCGAUGAGCAUCACAGCCUUGAUGACGUCUCCGUAGGCUCAAGCUUUACCUCGAACAUGUCAAGCGACGAUUCCUCUGUCUACCAUGUCAAGUCAACAGCAACAUCCUUCGAUGGGUCACCGACGUUCGAUGAAGAGGCACCUCAGCCAUCGCUGGAGUAUGGUCUCCCCGUAGGCCAGCAGUUCAACCACGUUGCUAUGGAGGCUCUGUCCCCAGUUGUACAAGGAGAUGCACUCGGUCUCCAGGUACCCCAAAUAUGGCAGCAACCCCACGAACUGCCCGGAAGACUCAUGGAUCACUUGUCGAUUCUGUCGAUUCAGGGGCUUCAUCCCUAUCCCACCUUUGGCCAUUCCUUGUCCUACAGGGAAGAGAAGGCCAAACAGGAGGCCGCCGCCUACAACUACGUGGCGCACGAGGUGGCUUCCCUGCUUCCCGGACAACGCAAGAAGAGAAAUGAGCUUUUCGACUUCUGAUGCUUGUCUGGAAAGACAUAUCUGUACUUACGACACAACCAAACACACACACAAACCAACAAACACAAAUGGGCGGCCAACUUGUCUUUCACCAGGAUACCACUGAUGCGAAAAUUUCAACUUCGGCGAGGCAUGGCAGGAGAUGCCAUUAUACUGAAGUCAUUGUUUGUUAUUGCUGUUCGAUUCUCACUACCCCU